AUGCAGCUGUGUGGCAAGAAGGUACUAGCAUCGGCAGCGCGGCGCCGCUGCGCACUGUUGCUGGGCUUGCUGCUGCUGGUGGCCACUGUGGCACUGCACAGUGCCACCAGRCCCUGCCGGGAUGGCCACCCAGGUACCGACAGCCAACCCCGCUGCCGCGACCGCCUCUACCGCUCACUCACGCUCUCCGCAGACAGAGGCAUCAACUGCUCAGCGAUCGUGCGUGGUGAUACCGCGGCCAUCCAGGCGGCCGCCCUCAGCAGGCUGGAGGUGGCCAACAGAAAGGUGCUCCGGCUGCCCGAGGACUACCUGAACCUGACGAGGGACUGUGGGCACUACAGGGCCAUGCGACGCUUCAUCGAGUUCCCACUGAGCCCAGAAGAGGCCGAGUUCCCCAUCGCCUACUCCAUGGUUAUCCACGACAAAAUUGAGAUGUUCGAGCGGCUCCUGAGGUCCAUCUAUGCUCCCCAGAACCUCUACUGCAUCCAUGUCGAUAGCAAGUCUCCAGCCACCUUCCACGAGGCUGUGCGAGCCAUCGCUGCCUGCUUCCCCAACGUCUUUGUGGCCAGCCGCCUGGAGGAUGUGGUCUAUGCCUCCUGGUCCCGUUUACAGGCUGACCUCAACUGCAUGCAGGACCUGCUCCAGAGCCCCAYGCCCUGGCACUACCUCCUCAACACCUGCGGCACCGACUUCCCCAUCAAGACUAAUGCUGAGAUCGUCCGCACUCUGAAGCUGCUGCAGGGGAAGAACAGCAUGGAGUCUGAGAAGCCCUCGACCCUCAAGCAGCAGCGCUGGCAGUACCACCACGAGGUGACGCAUUUUAUCUUCCGCACGACUACAAAGAAGACGCCACCACCGCAUGGCUCCCCCAUGUUCACAGGCAACGCAUACUUCGUGGCCACACGGGCCUUUGUGGAGCACCUCUUCCAGAGCCCCACGGUGCAGCAGUUCCUCGAGUGGGCCAAGGACACCUACAGCCCCGAUGAGCAUGUUUGGGCCACCCUCAACCGCAUGCCGGGUGUGCCAGGGGCCAUGCCGUACAAUGACAAGUUCGAGCUCUCUGAUAUGAACGCCGUGGCCCGCCUAGUCAAGUGGCAGUACCUGGAAGGCGACACCAGCAAGGGCGCACCCUACCCGCCCUGCACUGGCCGCCACCAGCGCGCGGUCUGCAUCUAUGGCACCGGCGACCUGCCCUGGAUUCUCCGGCAGCACCACCUCUUGGCCAAUAAGUUCGACCCCCUGGUGGACGAGACCGCCAUCCAGUGUCUCGAGGAGCACCUGCGCCAGCGGGCCCUCUACGGCAGCGGGCUCUGA